CCUAUAAUUGGAAAACAUAAUCUGUUGAUUUUUAAUUCCAAGAACAACAGCAGGCCUAUUGGCAUCAUCUUCAAUGCUUCAAGUAACCUAUGCUUGAAAGCAUUCCUCUUCCGGCUACAGAGACUAGUGAGCACGCGCGUGCUCCGCAAGAGCGAACUGGUGCUGAUGCUGAAGAGGAGGCGCGCGCCUCAUAUGAGCGCAUCGCAUUACAUCACUUUGCUACGAGGUGAUUGGCUGAAGGUCAAUGCGUACUUCGCUCGCGGACUAUCACAACCAUAUAUCUCGACUCGCACUCGAAAUAUUAUAGCUCUCAAAAUUGAUUGCAAAUAUAUUUUCGUUUAGUGCCCGUUUUGAGGAUGGCCGAGAGCGAGGCAGACACGCCAAGCACCCCGAUUGAGUUUGAGAGCAAAUACUUCGAGUUUGAUGGAGUGCGACUUCCACCCUUCUGCAGAGGAAAGAUGGAGGAGAUCGCCAACUUCUCCCUCAGAAGUAGCGACAUAUGGAUUGUCACGUAUCCCAAGUCAGGUACCAGUCUCCUUCAGGAAGUUGUGUAUCUGGUGAGUCAGGGAGCGGAACCAGAUGAGAUUGGUCUGAUGAACAUCGAUGAGCAGCUUCCUGUUCUGGAGUACCCUCAGCCUGGCCUAGACAUCAUACAGGAAUUGACGUCUCCUCGUCUGAUCAAAAGCCACCUGCCCUACCGCUUCCUGCCUACAGCCAUGCACAAUGGAGAGUCCAAGGUGAUCUACAUGGCGAGGAACCCUAAAGAUCUUGUGGUGUCUUACUACCAGUUCCACCGCUCCCUCAGAACCAUGAGCUACCGCGGAACCUUUCAGGAGUUCUGCAGACGCUUCAUGAACGACAAGCUGGGAUAUGGUUCCUGGUUUGAGCACGUGCAGGAGUUCUGGGAGCAUCGCAUGGACUCAAACGUCCUCUUCCUGAAAUAUGAAGACAUGUACAAGGACCUGGGGACGUUGGUGGGGAAGCUGGCGAGGUUCCUGGGUGUCUCGUGUGACAAGGCCCAGCUGGAGACAAUGGUAGAGAGCUGCAACCAGCUCAUAGAGCAGUGCUGCAACUCAGAGGCCCUCUCCAUCUGCAGGGGUCGCGUGGGACUGUGGCAGGACAUCUUCACCGUGUCUAUGAACGACAAGUUUGACGCGGUGUAUAGACAGAAGAUGGGCAAGUCUGACCUGACCUUUGACUUCGGCCUGUGAGGACCGGACCGACUGACCACAACGACACGAACACGGACUUACACUCCUCCUCCUGCUGCCUAAACACCGUACACUCCUCUGCCUCUCUUCAUCACUCAAUAAAUCAAUCAAUCAAUCAAACAAUCACGUUUUAGAUAUACUGUAUAACGCUGUAUGAAUGCUAUGGUGGGGAAUCAUAUGUCCAGCCCAGAGUCAAGUAUAGAGACCCCCAUGACUGCCCUUUGAUACAGAGCAAGUGUUCCGUUUUAGCUGUAUCCAGGUCAGUUCCUAUUUGACCUAGUCCUUCAUUUUAGCACACGUUUUUCACUUUCAGUACAUUACAUAGCUUGUUUGUUACAAAAAGGCUUUCAAUGGGCAUUAGCUUAAUCAGCACUAGACUUUUUGUAUCAACCUUUCUUGCCGAGGUGAAUGGGGAAUGUGUGUGUGUGUGUGUGUGCGCGCGUGUGUGUGUACAUGCUCGUGUGUGAGUAAAAUCACAAAAAUGACACAUCACAACUGCCUUUUAUAUCAGUUCUGUUUGUUUAUGCUGCUAAAGUGAUGCCUUUCUCUGUCCUCAGACCCAUAGCCACCUAUAGAGUUAAUGUACCACACUGAGACAACAGAGUAUCCCUCCAUGUUACCAGCAUUCUCUGUGUGCUCUCCCCCAAGUACAUGUAGCCCCUUUUCUCUUCUAUUGCUUGCGUCUCUUUCUCUCCUCCUCCCCCUCCUCCCUGCUGUAAAUGCCCCCAGAGAGACCAGUAGACCCCCCAACCCCCAUCCCCUCUGCUCUGCUGGACACUUGUGAAUGUCUU